GAAAUUGCAUAACCUUGAAGUAUCCUUACAUACAAAAGAUGAAGAAAAUCAGAUGCUGAAAUCACAGCUUGAUGAAACACUCUCUGCUGAUGCAAACAUUGAUCGUGACAUAAAAUUAGCUCAAGAAGAAAUUGAGGCUCUGAGACAUAGCCUUAAAGCAGCAGAACAAAAAUCAAUGGCUGAUAAACAAGUUUUGUUAAAUAAACUUGAAAAUGAACAAAAGAGGGCAGCACAUGCUGUUGAUAAACUAAAGCAGGUGGAUGUUGGAAAAGAUAUGAUGGGUAACAGAAUAAAAGAGCAACUUGAACACAUGCAGG